AUGUCUUAUCCAAACAAAUUUGAAGGUAUUGCUGUUUUAGACCACAAGGAUUGGAAAAAUCCCAAAAAGGUUACUUACGAUCCAAAACCAUUCUAUGAUAACGAUGUGGAUAUCAAGAUUGAGGCCUGUGGUGUGUGUGGUUCUGAUAUUCAUUGUGCUAAUGGUAAUUGGGGUGAUGUAAAAAAGCCAUUAGUCGUUGGUCAUGAGAUUAUCGGUAGGAUAGUUAAGUUAGGAUCAAAAUGUAAUUCUGGUUUAAAAAUUGGUGAUCGUGUUGGUGUUGGUGCUCAGGUGUUUUCUUGCUUAGAAUGUAACCGUUGCAAAAAUGAUAACGAACCCUACUGUAAAGGAUUUGUUACUACAUAUGGUCAAAAUUAUCCAGAUGGUUAUAACUCUAAAGGGGGUUACGCUAAUUACGUCCGUGUCCAUGAACAUUUCAUAGUACCAAUUCCUGAAAAUAUCCCAACACAUUUAGCAGCACCAUUAAUGUGUGGUGGUUUAACAGUUUUCUCUCCAUUAAUCAGAAAUGGUUGUGGUCCAGGAAAGAAAGUUGGUAUCAUGGGUAUUGGUGGUAUUGGUCAUAUGGGUGUUAUUUUCGCAAAAGCUCUUGGUGCUGAAGUUUAUGCCAUUUCUAGAUCAUUUUCCAAGAAGAAUGAUGCUAUGAAGUUAGGUGCAGACCAUUUCAUUGCUACAAAGGAAGAGCCUGACUGGGCUGAGAAGUAUUAUGACACUUUAGAUUUGAUUGUUAUCUGUGCUGGCUCUUUUACAGAUAUUGAUUUCACAAACUUACCAAAGAUCAUGAAAGUAGGCGGAGCAAUUAGAUCUAUUUCAAUUCCAGAUGAAUCUCAAAAACUGACCUUAAAGCCAUUCGGUUUAGUAGGUGUUUCGAUUGGUAACAGUCAUCUAGGUUCUAUAAAAGAACUAAAGCAAUUAUUACAAUUGGUAUCUGAUAAGAAUUUGAAAAUCUGGGUUGAAACAGUCCCAAUUAGCGAAAAGGGUGUUCAAGAAGUUUUUGACAGAAUGGACAAAGGAGAUGUUAGAUAUAGAUUUACUCUAACAGACUUUGACAAAGAAUUUGGUAAUUAA